GACGUCUCAAGGGAUGUUACUUAGGAAAUGAGGCUUUAUCAUGGCCAUCCUUGGAUACCCUGAAAAUCAUCGAUUGCCCAUCAAUAGAAGUUUUCACAAAGGCACAUUCAGCAACUCCAGAGCUACAAGUAAUUGAUACAAGUUUUGGGAGGUGUGAAUUAGUAAAAGAGGAAAGCCUCAACUCCUUUAUAGCUAACACCAAACAGCAACAGGGACUUGAAUUCUAGAAGAUGGAGAUGAUAAUAUUUGAAUGUCGUAUAAAUAUUAAAAGCUUAGACGGUGCCAAACGAUACGGUGCACGAGCUACCGGUGCCGCUCCCGGUGUUAGAUCAAUUCGAAACUCGACUGACCAAUCUGGAGAUAUGGAGUUAUCGAUGGCUGACAAAGUUUGUGAAGAAAAUCGUUAUCUAAAUCCCGGAUGUGAGAUACAUGAUUGUAUUGAUAUUUGCAAGAGAGUGCAUGGACCUAAUUCCCAGGCAAAAUGCAUAUACUCCGUUUGUAAUUGUGUUUUUGAUUGUCCGUCAAAGAAAACAAAUCUUAGAAAAUGGUGACGACUCUCCUCUCCCUACUUCCGUGCACCGAGGAAAUACAUAAAUUGUAAAAUUUAAUAUCUACAAAUGCUGCUAAUAU